AUGGCUCAAUCCGCCGACGCUCACCUCCAGGGUGUUACCAUCCUCGGUAGCAUCCCCAACGAUGCCCGCAAGAUCCUCACCAAGGACGCCUGUGCCUUCCUCGCCAUCCUCCACCGCACCUUCAACCCUACCCGCAAGGCUCUCCUCCAGCGCCGUGUCGACCGCCAGGCUGCCCUCGAUAACGGCCAGCUUCUCGACUUCCUUCCCGAGACCAAACACAUUCGCGAGAAUGACGCCUGGAAGGGUGCCCCCCCCGGCCCCCGGUCUGGUCGACCGCCGCGUCGAGAUCACCGGUCCUACCGACCGCAAGAUGGUUGUCAAUGCCCUCAACUCCGAUGUUUGGACCUACAUGGCCGAUUUCGAGGACUCCUCCGCCCCUACCUGGGAGAACAUGAUCAACGGCCAGGUCAACCUGUCGACUUCAAGCAAGGUGGCAAGGACUAUAAGCUCCGCACCGACCGCACUCUCCCUACCCUCAUCGCCCGCGCUCGCGGUUGGCACCUGGAGGAGAAGCACUUCACCGUGGACGGCGAGGCCAUGUCCGGCUCUCUCUUCGACUUCGGUCUCUACUUCUUCCACAACGCCAAGGAGCUCGUCGCCCGCGGCGCUGGCCCAUACUUUUACCUCCCCAAGAUGGAGUCCCACCUCGAGGCCCGUCUCUGGAACGACGCCUUCAACCUGGCUCAGGACUACGUUGGCCUGCCCCGCGGUACCAUCCGUGGAACCGUCCUUAUCGAGACCAUCACCGCCGCUUUCGAGAUGGAUGAGAUCAUUUACGAACUUCGCGACCACUCCUCUGGCUUGAACUGCGGCCGCUGGGAUUACAUCUUCUCCUUCAUCAAGAAGUUCCGCAACCACCCCAACUUCGUCCUCCCCGACCGCUCCGAUGUCACAAUGACCGUUCCCUUCAUGGACGCCUAUGUAAAACUGCUCGUCAAGACCUGCCACCAUCGCGGUGUCCACGCUAUGGGUGGUAUGGCCGCUCAAAUCCCUAUCAAGAACGACCCGGCCGCCAACGACAAGGCCAUGGAGUCCGUUCGCGCCGAUAAGCUCCGUGAGGUUCGCGCCGGCCACGACGGAACCUGGGUUGCCCAUCCGGCUCUCGCAGCCAUUGCCUCGGAUGUCUUCAACAAGCACAUGCCCACUCCCAAUCAACUCUUCGUCCGUCGCGAGGAGAUCCACAUCACCGCGAAUGACCUUCUCAACACCAACGUCCCCGGUAAGAUCACCGAGGACGGCAUCCGCAAGAACCUGAACAUCGGCCUGAGCUACAUGGAGGGCUGGCUGCGUGGUGUCGGUUGUGUCCCCAUCAACUUCCUGAUGGAGGACGCUGCCACCGCUGAAGUCUCCCGCUCCCAGCUUUGGCAGUGGGUUCGUCACAACGUUUCUACUGCCGAGGGUAAGAAGGUUGACAAGGCUUACUCUCUCCGUCUGCUACAGGAGCAGGCUGAUGCCCUGGCCGCGAAGGGACCUAAGGGUAACAAGUACCAGCUUGCGGCGCGCUACUUCGCCGGCCAGGUUACUGGUGAGGAUUAUGCGGAUUUCCUGACCAGUCUCCUGUACAACGAGAUUUCCUCUGCUGGACAGGCUGCUAAGCUCUAA